GUGUCGGUACCUGGCUGUCCAGCUGUCCCCAGCCAUCCCCGUGUUUGCAGCAGUUCUCUUCCUAUUCGCCAUGGCUACGCUCCUGCGGACGAGCUUCAGUGAUCCGGGGGUGAUCCCGAGAGCCCUGCCUGACGAGGCAGCCUUCAUCGAGAUGGAGAUUGAGGCCACCAACGGGACUGUGCCACAGGGUCAACGCCCACCCCCACGGAUUAAAAACUUCCAGAUCAACAACCAGAUAGUGAAGCUGAAGUAUUGCUACACGUGUAAGAUCUUCCGUCCGCCCCGUGCCUCUCACUGCAGCAUCUGCGACAACUGUGUGGAGCGCUUCGACCAUCACUGUCCCUGGGUGGGCAACUGCGUGGGGAAGAGGAACUACCGCUAUUUCUACCUCUUCAUCCUCUCGCUCUCACUCCUCACCAUCUACAUCUUCACCUUCAACAUAGUCUACGUAGCACUGAAAUCUCUGAAGAUUGGGUUUCUGAACACAUUGAAGGAAACCCCAGGGACUGUACUGGAGGUGCUCAUCUGUUUCUUCACCCUGUGGUCGGUGGUGGGGUUGACUGGGUUCCACACCUUCCUGGUGGCACUGAAUCAGACCACCAACGAAGACAUUAAGGGGUCCUGGACUGGGAAGAACCGUGUGCAGAAUCCCUACAGCCAUGGCAAUGUAGUGAAGAACUGCUGUGAGGUGCUCUGUGGGCCUCUGCCCCCCAGUGUCUUGGACAGACGGGGCAUCUUGCAGCAAGAGGAGAGCACAGCUCAGGAGGAGUCGUGCCCACGGGGACCCAGUGCUCAAGAGCCCACCGCUGCUCAGGGCCCUGGCGGGCAGGCAGAGGAGAGCAGCGCUCAGCAGAAGGAUGGCAGCCUUCCUCACCUGACUGCUGUCCCUGUGCCAUCCCUGAGCAACGCCGAGAUGCCAGAGGAGAAGCAGCUAACGUCUGGGGAGCUCCCGGUCCCAUCCCAGGACGCUGGGCAAGCAGAGCACUAGCCUCUGCUUGAAAGGGAGAACUUUCUUGUUUUGUCUAAUCAAAGCUGGAAGUGAUUGAGGAGAGGAGGAGAUGGGCUGGAUGGCAGGCAAACGAUUCCUCAUGGCCAUUUUGCUUUAGUCAUUAUUCACCUCGAUGCGCAGGCAGUGCGGGCUGGCGCUGGCCUUCGUGGUGUCAAAGGAUAACGAGCGUGAGUGACCCGCCUCGGUCACCGAGGGGCACUCGCCACCGCCGAGGCCAGUCUGCCUGCAGGCCGAGGCAGGACCUCUUGCUCUGCAGGUUGUCCUGGAUGCUAAAUACCGGCUGGGUGGCCGGGGCUGUCCCUCCGUCUGGCCCCGACUCUCUGACGAGACGACUUGUGGUCAAGCAGCGCAGAAGCGACGUUAGGGUCGGCCUGCUCCCUACCGCUGAGGAAUCCUGAUGGGAAGGGGAAAGCAAUUUAUGGCAGUAGCGUCCUCUCUCCCCUCCUCCCUCCUUCCUCUAAUCUGUGGCAUUGUUUUAUUGGUUAACGUGGCAGGGGUUGUCAGGAGACAUUUUGGUGCCAAAAGGGCCAAAACAACCGGGAAGGUGUUCUGCAGGCAA